CAAACAUCAAAUUUCCGGGUUUCGAUUUUUCGGCGUUUUCAAUUAAAUAAAUAUAGGUAAAUUAAAAUGUAAAGUCAUUUAUAAUAAAAAAAUCUCUACUUAAGAAGUUGAUAGUAUAGCCUAUAACAAAUAAUAGUCUUUUGUAUCAAUAACGAAAAUGAGCGCAGAAAAUUCUGACGAAUCUAUGGAUAUCGAGGAGCCAGUAUCCUCGAUAAUUAUUGAAAAAUCUUUCGAGGAAAAGAACGAAUCCUUGUCAUACAGUACAGGGACUGGGACUGCCACAGCUGAGAAAAAUUCAAAUAUAAGAGAAGCAGAUCAAGAAGGAGGUACACCUGAAACAAGUGGAACUGUGGAAAAGCCGAAAGGGAAAUCUAAAGCUUCAGCCACAAAAAGUGUGACUAAAUCUAAUGACAAAUCGGAUGCUGCUCAAAUUGUCAUUUCAAGCUCAAACUCUCCCAAUAAUUCAGAAGCUUCAACUGGUAUUGAAAAUGCAACACCUAAAAAAACAAAUCCUAAAAAGAAAAAAAAGGUCAAAGGCAGAGAACGACCAGUGGAAGAGUUUAUUGAUUUGGUCAAACCAAAACGCAACAGAUGCCUCAACACUUACUGUGCUGAACAAUGUGCACAGCACAUUUCCGCUCCCGACUUUUGCUUUUCAUAUUUCAGAGUGAAAAAGUCUAAAAGCAAAGAUCAGAAGGAAGAAAUUUGUAUGGAUUGUUAUAAUCAAGCUAUAAUCCCAUUCGAUAAACUCGCAACAAAUUUGACAAAAGGCGAAAUCCUCUAUAAGGUAAAUAUGCCUAUAAUCAAUGACACAAUGCACAUAUUUGAUUCUGAUGAAGAAAAUGAACAAGUAGAUAAACAGGAAUAUCUUAAUGAAGAAAAUACAGCUUUUUUCAAUGAUAAUAUUGAUGCGGUUUUGGAGGAACUUACUACUCGUUUAAAUAUGGCGUCGCUGCUGGAAAAUAAUCAAAAUUAUUUGAAGGAGAAGGCCCAAGAAAAUCAAGAAGUAGUCCAAAAAAUGAAAAUUGAGAUUGAUACAUUGAGAGCCAGUUUUGAUGCAAUACAACUAGGUGUAUACAAAGCCUUUGCGCCAGAUUUUCAAAAUUUGAAAGGAAUAACGAUUUUGGAUGAUUAUUCUAAGAGUCAUGCUGUGCAAAUACUUCCAGACGACGAUAUUUCCACAUUACUAAGCUCCAACAAAAAAACUUAUGGCGGGAAUCCGAAGUCUAGAACGCCUACAGCUGGAGGUGCUGGUUCUAAAAUCAUAGGUAAACCAACAACUACAGCUUCUGACCUAUCCGAGGCAGCGCCUAAAGAUUUGCCUACUAGUAUGAUUUUAGACAAGCCAGAAUUGAAAAUUGACAAUUUAUAUUAUAUUGCCAGAGAGAACGCCAUCCAAGGCUCCUGGAUCAAAGCUCGUCUAUUGGAAUUGUUUGGACCAGGUGAUAAAUACAAGGAUCAUACAUUCACGGCACCUCAUUAUAGGCUCGUGGAACUUAAGCAGCAAAAAGAAAGGCUUAUUGAUGGAAAAUUAUUGGCUUAUAUGCAAUCCUGUGGAUCCCGUUUAGUGGUGGGGACCAGAGUCAUUGCAAAAUUCAAGGAACUUAAUAAUUCAGCUCAGAAACAACCAAAAUCUGAUCCCUAUUAUGCCGGUGUUGUGGGUGAACAUCCUUGUAAAUCAAAUGCAUACAGGUACUUGAUAUUCUUUGACAUUGGUUAUUCCCAGUACAUCCCAUUCAAAGGCGUCAACCUUGUCUACGCAUCAAGCCCUAACGUUUGGGACGAUGUGUUGGAUGAAGCCAGAACAUUUAUAAAAAAAUAUUUAGAGAGUCAAGAUAGGCCAAUGGUUAAACUCAGUCUUGGACAAACUGUGAAAGUGGAGUAUAAAGGCAAAUGGUGGACGUGUAUAAUAAAAGAAAUCGAUUGUUCACUGGUUCGAGUCCAUUUCGAUGCAAUUAACCGCUGGGAAUGGAUUUAUAGAGGCUCGACUCGUUUGAGCCCAAUGUACAGAGAAGAAAUGGCUGCUUCCACAAGAUACACAGGAUUAAGAACUCCAAGGAAACUACCUACAAGUGAGUCUGGGGUAGUUCAAUACACUCGAAACGAAGACUUUGUGCAACCAGCUGCUAAAGAAAAUUCACUUCCCGAUCCCCAGCCUACUAGAUCAGUCGCAAGAAAAAGUACUACAAGACCCAACACCAUCAAUCAACCCUUGCCCAAAUCUGUACCAUUUUUGCCUAGUGUAACCCCUAAUGAUUCUGCUCCUAACGUUACGGGACCUACAAGCAAAAUUAUGUACUUCACUCCGCGUGACCAACAAGCCAUCAAACGCGAAUACCAGCCCCACACAUGUGGAGUGCAAUGUAAGGCCUUUUUAACGCAUAAUUUUGCCAAACUCAAAGGGCACAAUCCGCUCUCGAAACCGCUUUUAUGUGGUUGGUCUAGGAUGACUGCAAAAGACAGGAGCAGAAAAGAAAUUGUUUAUAGAGCUCCUUGCUGCAGAAUGAUUAGAAAUAUCAGUGAGGUUCAUUAUUAUUUAAGUAUUACAGAGAGUGAAAUGACUGUCGACUUGUUUGAUUUUAAUCAUAUGGUGAGGUGUUUGGCUGAGUUUAAUGUGGAUUGUACUCCAGAUCCUAAAGAUAUGUCCAAUGGUAUUGAACAAGUCUCCAUUCCAGUUAUUAACGGUGUCAACUGCGAAGCUAUCGACUUUGAUAAUUACACUAUAAAAAGGACGCCCGUGGGAGGCGUGAAUAUGAAUUUGGACGAAGAAUUCCUUUGUGGUUGCGAUUGUACAGAUGACUGUGUGGAUAAACUAAAAUGUGCGUGCUGGAAAAUGACUCUCGAUGGAAUUAAAUAUCUUGGCAAAGACGUAGACGCCACUUCAGUGGGCUAUAUUUAUAGACGAUUGCAAGAUCAAGUCAUCACGGGCAUUUAUGAAUGUAAUUCCAGAUGUAAAUGUAAAUCAACGUGUCUAAAUAGGGUGGCACAAAACCCAAUGUCGUUGAAACUGCAAGUUUUUAAAACCCAUAAUCGUGGUUGGGGCAUAAGAUGUUUGAAUGAUAUUCCUCAAGGAACGUUUAUUUGUUGCUAUGCCGGGACGAUUCAUACAGAGUCAGCAGCAAACGAAAUCGGCAUGUUACAUGGUGAUGAAUACUUCGCCGAGCUGGAUUAUAUCGAAUCAGUAGAAAAGUUUAAAGAAGAUUAUGAGGAAGAAGCAAUAGAAGACGAGGAUUUUGUAAGAGAAAAAACUCCACCUCCUCUGGAAGAAACAGCAAGAAUCUCCAAAGGAUCCAGUAGUAAAAAAAGAAAUACUUACAUGGACGACAACGAUUUUAUGCCAUCUAGAACGGUUGCUAGACUUUCAAACGAUGGCAUAAGGUCUCGAUUGAGAAGGAGAAAAGAUGAUGAAGACAGAAUAGGUGAAGAAAAAAUGCAAGAGGCAGCAAUUAAAAUUAAGCAGGAAGCGAUGGACAAAUAUACAAAAGCUAGUACUUCAGUUGAGGAGCUCGCAGGGAACAUAGAUACUGUUACUAUUAGUGACGAUGAAGAUGAGUGCAGAGAAGUCCUAAGUUUCAAUCCAAAAACCAAGGAUGUUGAAGAAAAUGGCUCCAAAUACACAUCAGUGAGAGAACUAUUUGGUCCAAAUGAAAAAGAUAAUAUUUACAUUAUGGAUGCCAAAAAUGCUGGAAACAUUGGCAGAUUUUUAAAUCAUUCCUGUUCUCCCAAUGUGUUUGUCCAGAACGUUUUUGUAGACACACAUGAUCUUAGAUUCCCGUGGGCGGCAUUUUUCUCCUCUCAAUUUAUAAGAGCUGGCACCGAAUUGACUUGGAAUUACAGCUACGAUAUUGGCAGCGUACCAGGAAGAGUGUUGUAUUGUCACUGUGCUUCAUUGGAAUGCAAGGGAAGACUACUUUAAUUUACAUUAAGAAUAUUACUAUUUUAGAAUAAGAACUUUCGAAUUGUGCUAUAUUUCAUUGAACAUUGAUUUUUUUUUAGUUUUUGACGGAUGAAUGUUUUUCGCACAAUUCAAAUAAAUAUAUUUCAUUUUGUCUCAAUUUAUUAUCAGCUGUUUUUCGCGGUUCUACCCGCUGGAG